AUUUCAUUUCUCUCUCUCUCUCUCUCUCUCUUUGUCGGUGUGUGUACGCAGAUCUUGGGCACUCCACGCUCUUCAUACCUGCUUCUGCUGUUGGUGUUCUUGUUUGGGUUUGGCUUAUUCAGCUGCCAAAAAUGGUGGGUGUGUGGUGGAUUUUGUGUUGAGGGAAGCUGAAAGGUGGGUUUUUGAGGUUGGAUCUUUGGCGGGGUUGUGGAAAUGAGGGUGCUUUGAGUGGUAGAUUGGAGAAGGGUCACUGUGUGAUUGUUGGUGGUGGAUGCUUGUGGAGUUUGGUGCUUGUGAAGGUGCAUGUGGGAUCUCAUUUGGGUUCUAUGUUUGGGGAAGGUGAGAAGAAGAAGUUGGGAUUGUUGUGGGUUUGUGAUAAUGAGCAGGGGUAGGUGGGGCAAAUGUGGGUGAGUUUGAGGUUCAAGUUUUGGUUUUUGGAGGGAGAAAUUUGAGACCUGAGUUUUGUUCUGUUUUUUGCUUGAUCUAAUCCCCAUAGGGAGGUUUUGGAAAAUUUUUGGGUGUCAGAAGAAAAUGCAGCAAGAUCAUAGGAAAAAGAGUUCAACAGAGAUGGAUUUUUUCUCUGAAUAUGGUGAUGCCAACCGGUACAAAAUUCAAGAAGUCAUUGGGAAGGGAAGUUAUGGCGUUGUUUGUUCAGCCAUUGACACUCAUACCGGUGAAAAAGUGGCAAUUAAGAAGAUUCAUGAUAUCUUCGAGCAUAUAUCCGAUGCUGCACGUAUUCUUCGUGAGAUAAAGCUGCUUAGACUUCUACGACAUCCUGAUAUUGUUGAAAUAAAACACAUUAUGCUUCCUCCUUCUAGGAAGGACUUCAAAGAUAUUUAUGUUGUUUUUGAGCUCAUGGAAUCUGAUCUUCAUCAAGUCAUUAAAGCCAAUGAUGACUUAACAAAAGAGCACUAUCAGUUUUUUCUUUAUCAAUUACUUCGUGCACUGAAGUAUAUUCACACUGCAAAUGUCUAUCAUCGAGAUUUGAAGCCAAAGAAUAUACUAGCAAAUGCAAACUGUAAACUUAAAAUUUGUGAUUUUGGAUUAGCUAGAGUUGCCUUCAGUGACACACCAACAACUAUAUUUUGGACGGAUUAUGUUGCUACGAGGUGGUAUAGAGCUCCGGAGCUAUGUGGAUCAUUUUACUCAAAGUAUACACCAGCAAUUGAUAUAUGGAGUAUAGGUUGCAUCUUUGCUGAAGUAUUAACAGGAAAGCCACUUUUUCCUGGAAAAAAUGUCGUCCAUCAGUUGGAUCUGAUGACAGAUUUGCUUGGAACUCCCUCACUGGAUACUAUAUCACGCGUACGUAAUGAGAAGGCAAGGAGAUACCUAACUAGCAUGAGGAAAAAGCAGCCUGUACCAUUUUGUCAAAAGUUUCCCAACGCAGAUCCUUUAGCACUAAGGUUACUGGAAAGGUUGCUGGCCUUUGAUCCAAAAGAUCGACCUACUGCUGAAGAGGCAUUGGCUGAUCCUUAUUUCAAGGGACUGGCAAAAGUUGAGAGGGAACCAUCUUGCCAGCCUAUCACAAAGAUGGAAUUUGAAUUUGAAAGACGAAGAGUCACAAAGGAAGAAAUCCGAGAACUGAUUUUCCGUGAGAUUCUAGAGUAUCAUCCUCAACUAUUGAAAGACUACAUGAAUGGAACAGAGAGAACAAAUUUUCUUUAUCCAAGUGCUGUUGAUCAAUUCCGAAAGCAGUUUGCUCAUCUAGAGGAAAAUGGUAAAAAUGGUCCUGUUAUGCCACUUGAUAGAAAGCAUGUUUCUCUUCCAAGGUCAACAAUUGUACAUUCAAAUACAGUACACCCAAAGGAGCAAACAAACAUUGCUUCAAGCAAGAACCGGCUAACAGCCGAGGAAUACAAUAAGAACUCCAGAGAUACAGAAAUUCCAGUGCCAAGAUCGAUACAUGGAUCGCAAAGAAUUCCACUAGCAAAACCUGGUAAAGUUGUUGGUCCUGUUGUUCCAUAUGAGUAUGGAAAUGUUAUCAAGGAUUCUUAUGAUCCAAGGACAUUUAUCAGAGGCUCUGUGCUUCCUACUCAAACUGUUCCCCCAGCAUAUUAUUAUCAAAGAUCCAGCACUGGAAAUCAAGAAAGGCCAACAACAGAAGCCGAUAAGGGUGUGCCUUUGCAAACAAAACAUGCACAACAAUGUGGAGUUAAUGCCAAAAUAGCACCAGAUAUAGCCAUUAAUAUUGACACAAAUCCCUUUUUUAUGACAAGGGCAGGAGUUAACAAGUUAGAACAAGAUGAUCAAAUAGCCAUAGAAACAAACUUGCUGCAGUCAAAGGGUCAAUAUGGUGGAGCAACUGCUCAUAGAAAGGUUGGUCCUAUUCAGUAUGGUAUGACAAGGAUGUUCUAGGAAAUGGUUAUCUUGUGAAUAUUUUGACCAGGGGAAGCAAUUUCUGUAGAGAAAAAAAGGCUCUUUGUUGUUGGGAUGGAGCUGUAAUAUUUGGUGAGUGAUGUGGGUUUGUAUAAAAUGAGGGGAGGGUGAGGGCCAUUGAAGCAGUGCUUCCCUAGAAAAGUGCCAACUUUCUCUGGUCUUAAAAAAGGUAUGAACUUUGAUUACAACUAUUAAGAAACUGUUAACAAUUAUGAAAUUGAGUCUUAUAUUGUAAGUCAAAUCCAUAACCUUUUUUAGGUGUUUGCAGUGAAGACACCACCUUGAAAUCAAUCUCUUGGAUGUUUGUACUUUUAAUUGGGUUAAUGAAAGUUUACAAAGCAAGGAUCACAUCUUACAGCUCAACAAAGUCAGGCUUUAAUGACUUUCAAAAGAACUGUUUUAGAGGGUCCUGGAAAUUAGUGUUAUAAGGACAUUGAUUAAGAAAUCCAAAUGAAUUUUUUUGUU